AUGGCUGCCCGAUUGCCUCUCGCCUUGUCGAUGCUCGGCGCAACGAUGGCCGUGAACGCUCAGAACUCCAGUGCUUGCAACGCCGCCGCGUUUGCCGCGCUCACGCUGAGCAACAUCGAGAUCAUCUCUCUCGAUGUCGCUGCUCUGCGUAACCAGUCCCUGAGCACCGGCAUGGAUGCGGGUACUGGCGUCGGAGUCGGCAUCAUCUCGGCCCCAACAGGGGAGACAGCUUCCGGCGUCGACCUGUGCCGAAUUUCCAUCCAGUACACCCAUCCCGGACAAGGCGACAACGUGAACACCUACAUCGGUCUUCCCCUCGAUGCGGCCAACUGGAACUCGAGGUUCAUGAUGAGCGGCGGUGGUGGAUGGACGGCGGGAGGAGCGGGCGUCAUCAUCUCUCCAGUCGCAUCUGGGUACUCGACUUCUUCAACCGAUGGAGGUCACAACACUACCGCUGCGACUGCGGAUUGGGGUCUCGUGAGCGAGGGCAAUGUCAACUGGCCGGCCCUCAACGAUUUCGCCUCUGUCGCGCUCGAUGAAGCCGCCAAGCUCGGCAAAGCCGCGACGCAGCUGUACUAUGGCAAGGACCCGACUUAUUCGUACUGGAAUGGUUGUUCGACUGGAGGAAGGCAGGGACAUAUGAUGGCCCAGAGGUUUCCCGAGCAUUUUGACGGCAUCUUGGCUUCAGCUUCGGCGUUCAACUGGCAGAAGUUCCAGACAGCCUCUUUGUAUCCCGCUUUCUUGGCUGAGCACUUGGAUGUCGUCCCUCCGGCCUGUGUUCUCAACGCUUUCACGAACGCCGCCAUCGAAGCCUGCGAUGAGUUGGAUGGUGUCCAGGACAAGAUCAUCUCUCUUCCUGGCUCCUGCAAAUUCAACGCCACGUCUCUUGUCGGCCAGACCGUUGCAUGCACCAACCCGAACGCGACCGUAACCAUCAGCGAGAAGAUGGCGGAGUUCGUGCAUGGUUUCUGGGAAGGACCGCGGAGCGGAGACGGCAACUUCUUCUGGUACGGCUUCAACCAGGAUGCCCCUCUGACUGGUGUUUUCAACCCAACCUGCACGACAGUCGACAACUGCACGUACGCUCCGUUUUCGGCCACCGACGACUGGUUCGGCGUCUUCCUCGAGAAGAACUCUACGUGGAGCAUCAGCACCUCUGGAAUCACGCAAGAGCGCUUCGACCAGCUCCACCGGAUCUCCGUGGACGAGUACACGUCCUCGAUCGGAACGGACAACGUCGACCUCACGAACUUCAAGAAGCGCGGGACCAAGAUGCUCACCUGGCACGGCAUGCAGGACCCUCUGAUUCCCUACAACGGCACAGUCGACUACUACGACCGGGUCAAGGCUUGGGACCCCAACGUCGAGGACUACUACCGCUUCUUCCCUGCUCCUGGUGUCUCACACUGCGGCGGCGGCUCUGGGUUCGACCCCAGCGAUUACGUUUUCGAUGCUCUGAGGGCUUGGGUAGAGAACGGGACUGCGCCGGAGACUUUGACGGGCGAGGGAGCUGCUGUGGGAAACUCGAGCGAGUCUCGCAAGGUGAACCUUUGCAUGUAUCCGAAGAUUCUGACUUUCGUCGGAACUGACCCGGAUGAUGCGGCUUCAUACGACUGUAUCUAA